AUGGAUCCCCUUGGAAAGGGUUUUGUUAUCUUUCAAUUUCAAUGUGAAGGGGAUAAGGCGACAGUAUGGAGAAGAAGCCCUAUGAAAAUAGGAUCGCAACCCAUUCGUUUCCAACACUGGAAACUAGACUUCAACAUCCAUGUUAAGCAGACCUGGUCCAAGCUAAUCUGGAUACGAUUUCCCGACCUCCCCUUAGAAUAUUGGCAUGAGAAUGUUCUUUUAUCCAUUGCAAAAGCUGUGGGGAGACCUGUUGCCCUGGAUCGCCAUACCAAGCAGGGAUUAAUGGGUCACUAUGCUAGAGUACUGGUUGAAAUCGAUACUACUGAAACUGCAUCUCGCAUAGAGGAGGUUCAAGUUGAACGUCUCGAACCCGGUACAACAAGAGUUUUUGGAUUCAGACAACGAGUCCAGUAUGAAGAUGACAUUAGUCGAUGUGGCUUCUGUAAGAGGUUGGGACAUAAGGUGGGAGAUUGUAGAUCUAAGAGGCUUGAAGAUGAAAAACAAGCUGCUAUGGAAAGGUCGGCCUCUGUACCAGGUGUAGUCUACGUUGAAGAUAGAGUGGACUCGGUCCGAGUUGCGUCUCACUCGGGUAGAAUGCCUAUUGUGGAAACCGUUCCUCAUGAUCCUCUUUCCAUAAUAGCAGCUUCGCCUGCCAAUCAUGCAGCUGGGAAGGAGGGCCACGAUUUGAAUGCAAUCAAUGAAAGAACGUCAAUUGAGGAACAAUCUCCUUCUAUUUGUGUUUCAGCCAAUCAGAAUGCUGAGAAGGAGGGAGAUAUUCUGAUUGUCUUGGACACUUUGGCAAACAAUCCUGCAGUUUUAGGUAACUCCAACUCACUGAAUCGUGGAGAUAUCUCUGUCCGCCCCUCUAAUUCAAAUUUGAAUAACAAUGUGGCUGGAUCCGGGUCAGACUCUGAGGAAGUGGAUAGUGCAGACCCAUCGGGUCAUGAGAGUUCAUCUGAUUCUACAAAGAACUCGGUGGAAAAUGAGAGGGAGGAGGACGCCCCUAUUGUUAGGGAACUUCCACCUAGGCCAACAAGAAAGGGAAGAGCUUCUAAAGGUCGUGGAGCAUUGUCUUCACUGAGGGGAGUUAGAAACGUUCCUUCAACUCGUUCCUCGCCAGAGAAUGGGGUUUUGCAGCAUGGUAGCUUCCUCAGCUCUUCCAGAAGGGAUGGUAGAACGGAUUCUAAUUAUCAGGAGAUGGAGAAGAUAGAUAAUGCCCUUUAUGCUCGAGAAAAGGGAAUGGUUGUUUCUUCAAAAGAAGGCAACAAAAAAAAGAAGAAAGCAGGCCAGACUAGUAAGUCUGGCAACACCAAUUAA